AUUAACGUUCCAGUUAUGAGGCUGAAUGCAUCCAUAAACCAACACGCAGUCGUUUGGUCUGACAAGGAAUAAUCGGCUCCGUCUCUCCAGACGAAGGACAGUCAAUAAAUUUCUACUAAGUUUAGAUCAGCAGGUGUGAAAAUGAAUGCUGGACGUUUGUCUCCUGAAACGACUCUUGGUGAGGAAGAUGAGCGUCAGGGUGAAGCUCAGAGAACAAACCAACAGAUGGGAGAAUCCAGUGGAUGUGAACCAACCUGUAAACUGCUGAAGAAUAAACACUCCAAAGAGUUUGAUUUAGAUUUUAGUGGCUCGCCUCGUAAGACGCACUGGGAGCAGGAAUAUGAAAGCAAAUGCUCUGGAACUGGACCAGAACCAGAACCAGAACCAGAACCAGAACCACAGGGUGUGUCUUUGAAAAGUGACAAACCAAAAGGUUUCAAACCAGCAGCUUCUGCAGAAACCCGUAAAGCUGCAGCCUCUGUGAAGAGCGACUCUUCCAUGGAGAUCGCAACACAGUUCAAAAACAGAUGUCAAACCUUUCAUCACAGCGUCAGCCAGGAGUUCCCAGAUGAAUCUGAGGAUGAAUCUGCCAGAAUCCAGCAUCAAAAAGAGAUAAACUCUGCAUUUAAGAUGCUGGAGGAAAACCUCACGACUUUUAUGAGGAAUGAGCUGCAGAAGUUUCAGAUGAUUCUGAGUUCUGAUUAUUCAGAAACUCUAGAAAAUCAGGAGGAAGACGAGAGGAACUCUGCCGACCGAGAACAGGCAAAGGGCAGCAGGGAGACGUUUCUAAAACUGUCGCUCCUGUUCCUGAGAAGAAUGAGGAAAGACGAUCUGGCCGAUUGUUUGUGGAGCAGAACCUGCGCUACAGAAUGCACACAGAACCUGAAGUCCAGCUUGAGGAAAAGGUUCUGCUGUGUGUUUGAGGGGAUCGCUAAAGCAGGAAACCCAACACUUCUGAAUCAGAUCUACACAGAGCUGUACGUCACAGAGGGAGGCGACGGCGAGGUCACCGCAGAGCAUGAGGUCAGGCAGAUCGAAGCCGCAUCCAGGAAGCAGCGUGUUCAGGAGAAAACUAUCCGACAGGAAAACAUCUUCAAAGCUUCCUCUGAAAAAGACAAACCCAUCAGAACAGUGAUGACGAAGGGAGUCGCUGGAAUUGGAAAAACACUCCUAACGCAGAAGUUCGCUCUGGACUGGGCAGAAAACAGAAGCAACCAGGACAUCCAGUUCAUUUUCCCCUUCACUUUCAGGGAACUCAACGUCCUUAAAGAGAAACGCUUCAGUUUGGUUGAACUUGUUCAUCAUUUCUUUAAUGAGUUCAAAGAAGCACAAAUCUGCAGGUUUAACGAUUUCCAGAUUGUGUUCAUAUUCGACGGGUUGGAUGAGUGUCGACUCCCUCUGGACUUCCACAACAACGAGAUCCUGACCGACGUGACAGAGUCCACCUCACUGGACGUCCUGCUGACAAACCUCAUCAGGGGGAAACUGCUUCCCUCCGCUCUCCUCUGGAUCACCACACGGCCUGCAGCAGCCAAUCAGAUCCCUGCUGAGUGCGUUGACAUAGUUACGGAUGUGAAAGGGUUCACUGAUGUGCAGAAGGAGGAAUACUUCAGGAAGAGGUUUGUAGACCAGAAGCAGGCCAGCAUGGUCGUCUCCCACAUCAAGAUGUCCCAAAGCCUCCGCAUCAUGUGCCACAUCCCCGUCUUCUGUUGGAUCAGCGCCACCGUUCUGGAAAAUGUUCUGAGAAACAGGCAAGGAAGAGAGCUACCCAAGACCCUGACUGAGUUAUACAUCUACUUCCUGCUGGUUCAGAGCAAGGUGAAGGAGCGGAAAUAUGAAGGGGGAGCGGAGACAGAUUUAACCUGGAGUCCAGACAGCAGGAAGAUGAUCGAGUCUCUGGGGAAACUGGCUUUUGAUCAGCUGCAGAAAGGAAACCUGAUCUUCUAUGAAACCGAUCUGGCAGGAUCUGGCAUUGAUAUCAAAGCAGCUUCAAUUUAUUCAGGAGUGUUCACACAGAUCUUUAAGGAGGAGAGAGGGAUUUACCAGGACAAGUUGUUCUGCUUCAUCCAUCUGAGUGUUCAGGAGUUUCUGGCUGCUCUUCACAUCCACCUGACCUUCGUGAACUCUGGUGUCAACCUGCUGGAUGACAAACAGCCAAAACAAAGGGUCUCUAAGGCCUUUAAAAACCAGCCUAACGUAAGAAAACUUCACCAAACGGCUGUAGACACAGCGUUACAGAGUCCAAACGGUCACCUGGAUCUAGUCCUCCGCAUCCUGGUAGGUCUUUCACUGCCAGCCAAUCAAACGCUGCUCCGCGGCCUGCAGACUCAAACAGCAAACGUCUCACAAUCAAACCAGGAAACAGCUGAAUACAUCAAGAGGAAGAUCAGUGACGGUCUGUGUGCGGAGAAAAGCAUCAACCUGUUCCACUGUCUGAAUGAACUGAACGACCGUUCUCUAGUGGAUGAAAUCCAGCAGUACCUGAGAUCUGGGAGUCUUAGCACACGGAAACUGUCUCUGGCUCAGUGGUCGGCUCUGACCUUCAUCCUACUGUCAUCAGAAAAAGAUCUGGACGUGUUUGACCUGAGGAAGUACUCUGCUUCAGAGGACGCUCUUCUGAUGCUGCUGCCGGUGGUUAAAGCCUCCAACAAAGCUCAGCUAAGCGACUGCACCCUCUCUGAGAAAACCUGUGAAGUUUUAUCCUCAGUGCUCAGUUCCCAGAGCUGCUGCCUGAGAGAAGUGGACCUGAGUCACAACGACCUGGAGGACGCAGGACUGGGAGCGUUGUCUUCUGGGCUGUUGGCUCCACAGUGUGGGCUGGAAUCACUGAGGGUUGCUGACUGCAGCCUGUCACAGAGGAGCUGUGAGACUCUUUCCUCAUGUCUCCGUUCACAGAGCUUGAGGCUCAAGAGUCUGGAUUUGAGUUACAACUGCCUGCAGGAUGUCGGACUGAAGCAACUGUCUGAUGGAUUGAAGAGUCCAUUCUGCAAACUGGAAAGCAUUAGUUUGUUGGCAUGCAGCCUGUCGGAGCAGAGCUGUGAAACUCUGGCCUCGGCGCUCAGCUCUCCCUCCUGCAGGCUCAGAUCUCUGAACAUCAGCCACAACAAGCUGGGAGACUCCGGGGUGAAGCGGCUCUGUGACCAACUGAAGGACAAACACUGUCAAGUGGAGACUGUCAUACUUUGUGGAUGCCAACUCUCAGAAAGAUGCUGUCAGUAUCUAUCUGCAGUCCUCAGCACUCAGCCGUCCCACCUGAGAGAGCUGGACCUGAGCAGCAACAACCUGACAGACGCAGGAGUGCAGCAGCUGUGCAGAGGCCUGGGCAGUCCUCACUGCCAGCUGGAGACGCUCAGACUGUCAGGCUGUCUGGUCACAGGAAAAGGUUGCGGCUACCUGGCAUCAGCUCUGAGCUCCAACCCGACUCACCUGACAGAACUGGACCUGAGCUACAACCAUCCAGGAGUCGUAGGGAAACAGAUGCUGUCCUCUGAUCAGAAGGCUUCACCGUGGAAACUGACUAAUCUCAGGUUGAACCCAGGCGGAGACGUCAGGCUGAAACCUGAUGUGAGGAAAUAUUUCUGUGAACUUGAACUGGACAUGAAUUCAGUGAACAGACAACUCCACCUGUCUGACAACAACACAAAGAUUAGACAGGUGAACGACGAGCAGCCGUACCCCGAUCACCCGAACAGAUUCCAGACCUGCUGGCAGCUCAUGUGCAGAAAUGGUCUGACUGGUCGCUGUUACUGGGAGGUGGAGUGGAGGGGAGCGGUUCUCAUCUCUGUGAGCUGCAAAGGAAUCAAACGAAGUGGAAAGAGUGAAGCCUGCAGGUUUGGAAGGAACGAUCAGUCCUGGACGCUGGAGUGCUCCGACGUGUUUGGUUUCUCUGCCUGGCAUGUUAACAGAGAAACAACCAUCUCUGGUCCCUCUGCCAGCCACAGAGUGGGAGUUUAUCUGGACCAUCCUGCAGGAAUGCUCUCCUUCUACCAGGCCUCCUCUCACACCUUGAAGCAUCUCUACACCUUCUGCGCCACAUUUACUGAACCCGUUUAUCCCAGUUUUGGUUUUUGGUCUGGAGCCUCAGUGUCACUGUGUCCAGCAGCUUCAGAGAAACCUGCAGCUUAGAGCUGGAUAAAUAUCACAGCUUCACAUGAUUACAACAAAAACCUUCGAUGUGAAUAGAUAAGCUGUUCUAAACGUGAGAUCUAUUUAACUGUCAUGUUUUCUAUAAAACCAAAUGAUAUCCAGACAUCCUGCUUUACGUUUUAUGAAGGAGACGAACAGCUCGGUUUGAAACCAUCAACAGAUCUGUUAACACAUCUGGAUCACAUUUCUGUCAGCCGUUACAUCCCUUCAGUCCGUUGUCAACAUGUAGUAAUGUGCUUUUCCGAGCCGUCUUUAAACGCACCACGAGUACAGAUCUGGGGUCACCACAGUAUAAUGGUCUGUAGGAGGCGCUGUUGCAUUUGAACACUUUGGUUUACCCCCUAAAAUGGAAACUUUACAGGAGAAACAAACACAAAAAUAAAAAAAGACAAAAAACAAAUAAAAACUAACAUUUAGAAAUAUCUCAGUGGUCUGGACUGAUAUAUUUCCAUAAUAAACAUAAUAAUGGUGGCAGCUUUAAAUCAUGAUUUAUUACUCUUUGUGAUGCUUGACGCCCUUUAUUGAAAAUAAACUGAGGUACAUUUGUCACAGUUUAUCAGUAAUAUUGUAUAUUUAUUAUUGCUAUGCUUCAGUUGAUCAUUUCUGUAAAAUCUGAGGAAUUUAAAAUAAAAAACACAAACUGACUUUCUCAGAAAAUGAAUGUUUUACUCUGCAGGAACAGUUUAUCUUUUAUCAGUUUGAAUUAAAGUCACGUAACGAUGGUGUGAAAACCAGCCCGACCUGAUUAAACUCAGGUUUGAUCUCCUUCCUUCUUCCUUCCUCUUACAGGUUUUGUUUUCCAGACAUUAAGUUUAUUAAAUGUUCACUGGGACAAUAAAAUGGAAAUAAAA